GGCGGGCGGGGGGCCACGGGAGGAGGUCGGGCACAUUUCCCUCCCUUGUGAAAGGAGUUUGCAGAAAGCGGCUGGUUUCCUUCAGUCCCAGGCGGAGUGCUUCCUGAGCGGCCGAGCCUGAGGAGGAGGAGGAGGGCGACGCAGCUGGCCGCCUGGACAUCUUGAUCCCCGCGUCAAUCUCUCGCUCGAGUUGCUGGGCGGGAAGCCUCGAGCCCGGACAGGCGAGCCGCAAAGCAACCGCCGCACCCCCGAGAGGAGCUAUGGGCGCAGGGAGCUCUGCGGAGCCGCGGAGCCCGCAGGACACAGCCGCUGCAGCAGGAGAGUCCCAGCCUGGCAACCCCGAAGCGGAGACGCCGGCAGCGGCGCUGGCCGAGCCCGAGCAGCUGGAGGACGCGGCCAAGCUUUUACAGAAGAAUGGGCAGAUAUCCAGUAUUAACGGAAUUGCAGAAGAGCAAGUGGAACUCAGCCUUAAGCCAGAGGACCUGAACGGACAACAAGCAGAAGUAGUCGUAACAGAUGUUGGACAAAGAGAAACUCCAAAUGUGAUUCUAAAAGAGGAGUCUGCUGAAAACAUGGAGAGCAAGACACCAGAAUCAGAUAAAACAAAUGCAGAUGAUGACCCUAAGGGAUCACCAGAUGCUGAUAAACAAUUGCCAACACCAGAAGAAAAAGCAGAAGAGCAGGAACUACCCAGUGAAUCUCCAUCUAAUGAUGCUGGAUUUAAAAAAGUGUUUAAGUUUGUUGGAUUCAAAUUUACUGUCAGAAAGGAUAAGACCGAGAAAUCAGAACCUGUUCAGCUACUGAAUGUAAAAGCAGAUGAUACAGAAAUAGCAGCAGAUGGAGCUGGAGACUGUAAAGAAGUCAAAAUGGAGAUGGUGCAGGAAACAAUAGAAAGUGAGGUGUUUCAUCCUGUAGAAAAGACUGAACAACAGACUCAAACUGAGCAGGUGAAAGAAGUUUCUUCUGAAAAGAUGAAAGAAAGCCCUGUGGAACUAACUGAAGGAAGCAAUGAGGCAGAAGUUAAAAGUGAUAGUAGCAAGCUGGCAGAGUCUCCAACAAGUCCAUUAGCCACUGAAACAGCAUCACCCCUAAGAAAGUUCUUUACUCAGGGAUGGGCUGGCUUUAGGAAGAAAACAAGCUUCAGGAAGCUGAAAGAAGAUGACCAGCCUGUUGAGAGAGAGAAACAAGACCAAGAUAAAGAAAUGGCAGAAGAAAAUGCUAUCCAAGAAGAACUGGAAAAAGAAAAAGCAGUACUAGAAAAAGAUGGGGCAGAAAUUUCUGUAGAAACCACAGAUGAGACAGUGAAGAAAGAGAGGGAAGAAAGUGAAGAAGCAAAAACAAGAGAUAUCUCAGCAGAAACACACCAGGAAGAAUCCCUUAUGCUGCCAUCACAAGAAUCUGUAAAAGGUGUAAACAAGGAAUCAGAGAUAUGUUUGACUGAAAAGAAUGAUUUGGUCUCCAAAGAAAAAUCCGAACUGAUGCAAGAAUGUCUACCAUCCCUAGAGCAGAGCACUCUUACAUUGUCUGAGAAAAAACAUGCCGCACCCAAGGAAAAAUUAGACAAAUGUGAACCAAUUUCUCCAUUGGCAAUGGAAAAGACUGAAGAACAUUUUGAAAUACUUGAAGACAAACCUGAACCAAAAGCUCCUCUGGCAACUGAAAGUUUUGAUGAAAUACCCAAAGAGUUUAACAAUGAUGUUAGCACCAUUGUGAAGAAGGAAGAGCUAAAAACAAAUGAAAAAGAAGAACUGACUCAUGAGCAGUUAGUUGAGACAGAUGCUCAGCUUCAAAGAGGAGAAUUUGCUGAUGAACAAAUCAAAGAAAUUAUACCUGUAGCAAUGAAUGAACAAAUCAAGGAAACUGACCCAAGCAGUGGAGAUGUGGCAACAUCUAAACCUACAGAAGGCAUCACAAAUGAAGUUGAAUUGCUUUCGUCACAAGAAAGAGCUAAGAUACAAGGCAGCCCCUUAAAGAAGCUUUUUACAAGUACUAGCUUAAAGAAACUGUCAGGAAAGAAACAUAAAGUAAAAAGAGAAGAAGCUAAGUCGGGAGAAUCAGUAGAACAAACACAGCAAUUGUCUGAUUCUGCAGAAAGUCCUGAAGAACAAAAGGGAGAAAGUUCUGCCUCUUCUCCUGAAGAGACAUUAGAGCUGUCUUCUGUAGAAAAAGUUAUAGAUGUAGUACAGGUCACUGAAACUGAAGAAGGUGCUAUUCUAGAUAUGGAGAAGAAAAGAGAAAGUGUUACUCCUUGGGCAUCAUUUAAAAAAAUGGUGACUCCCAAGAAACGGGUCAGAAGACUUUCAGAAAGUGACAAAGAAGAAGAACUCGAGAAGGCCAAGAGUGCUACUCUCUCUUCAACUGAAAGUGCUCCUUGUGAAGAACAGGAAGAUAGUAAAGAAAAUGGUGAAGAGCAGAAGUUAGAAAAAAGCACAGAUGAAUCCAAGAGAAAGGUUGAUACUUCUGUAUCAUGGGAAGCCUUAAUUUGUGUAGGUUCAUCUAAAAAAAGAGCUAGAAAAUCAUCAUCUUCUGAUGAAGAAGUAGGACAAAGGCUUGCUCAAGAAGGGCAAAAAACAGAAGAAGGUGGGACACAUAAAGAAGCAGUCCAAGACAUGACCUUUACUAGUUCCCAGGAAAGUGAUCAAGGACAAGGAAAUUCCUCACCAGAACAAGCUGGAAGUCCAUCUGAAAGUGAAGGAGUUUCAACAUGGGAGUCCUUUAAAAGGCUAGUAACCCCAAGAAGAAAAUCUAAAACAAAGAUGGAAGACAGAACUGAAGAGCCAGUUACAGUUCCAAGUUCAGAACAUUCUGCUUCAGAUGGUGAUUCUGGAAAAGAAGAAUCCUGGGUUUCAUUUAAAAAAUUGAUGCCUGGUCGUAGGAAGAAAAAGUCAGAUGGAAUACCAGAGCAUGCUCCUGUUGAAGAAGUGGGAGAAGAAAUUACAGAAAACAAUGAAGAAGAUUAUGAUGUUCCAGCUGUCGUUCCUUUGUCAGAGUAUGAAGCAGCUGAACAAGAGAAAUUUGAAGCACAGAAGGCAAAAGACGAUGAUGUAAAUAAGAAGAAAACUUUGGAUGAAAGAACCAAAGAGACAAAAGAUGCUUUAGUAGAUGGACAGUCCAGUGAAGGAUUAGUUCAUGCAGUCACUGUCACAGUGGUUGAAGGGGAAAGAGCAGUUACAAGUAUUGAAGAAAGAUCACCAUCUUGGAUAUCUGCUGCUGUGACAGAGUCCAUUGAACAAGCAGAUGAAGACAAAGAGAAACAAAUAGAGCAAAUUUCCGAAACUGGAGUUGGAGAAGAAAUAGCAGUAGUUACUAAACACAUGCCAGAAAUUAGAAAGGACAUUAGUGGUGACACAAUAAUCAGUGAGCUGGAGUUAACUCCAGAGGCAAUUACAGCUCGAGAUGAAGCUUCAGGUGUUGAAGAAGUAACUGAAGUGUCCUGUGCUGAAGAGACAACUGAAAUGGUUUCAGCAGUUUCAAGACUAAGUGAGUCCCCUGAUACAACAGAAGUAGCUACACCUGUACAAGAAGUAGAAGGUCAGCAAAAUCUAGAAGAAUUAAAUAAGCAAACCCAGGAAGUUCUACAAGAAGUUGCCGAAAGAGUUAAAUUAUCUGAUGAAGCACAACUGAUUGGAAAAAAAGUGUCAGAAAUAGCUAUUCAAUCAAUGUCAGCAGAAAAAAGCAGGCAUGCAAUUAACAUCAUGUUUCCAGAAGUUAAACUGGCCGGCUCGCCCUUAAAGAUGGAAGAUCCUGAGAAAAUUAGUAUCCAAACUAAUGAAGGCACAGAAGGUGAUCGCAGUCAAGGUGAAGUUAAAGGAAGUGGUUUGAAGGAAGUGUUGGAGAAGAGUAAAGACUCAUGUGCUGAAGGGAAAGAAAGAGCAAAAGAAAGUAUAAAUUUAGAUAGGGCCCAUGAAAGUGAAACUGAACAAGACAGACAUGAAGAAAUCAUCAAAGAACAGACAACUGAAGAAAAAUCUGAAGAGGAAGAUUUUGUCUUUGUUACAGUUUCUGCUGGUGAAGAACCAGAAGUAAAAGUUGGUGAGACUAUCAGAAAGCAACAUGCAUCUUUAGAAGCAGUUGAAAAGGAAAAAUAUAGAACUGUUGAUGCAGUAGAGGAAGUCACAGUGAAUUUAGAAGAAAGAGCUCAAGGUGAGGUCACUGUAGAUGAUGUUACAAAAGUGGAUGAAUCAAUGAAAGGAACUGAUGAAGAGAGGACUGAGUUCUCCCAGAACCUUAUGCAAACGAUAGUACCCGGCUUGGAGUUAGAAAAUGCAGAAAUAAGUGCAGCUGAGGUAAAGAAGGAUCUUGUGCAGAAUGAUGUAAAAUAUGCAGAGCGGUUUAUACAGUCCACAAAUACUGAAGAACUGGUGCCUGAAGUACCAAUCCAGAGCCAGGUUAUUGAUGUUCCAGUGGGAAUUGUUGUAAAUGAAGUGAAUGCUCUAGAUAACGCCAAAGAUGUUAUAAUUGGCUUAGAAACAAAAAGCACUGAGAAAGUUGCAACUGGAGCCUACUUACAGGACAAGGACACUGAGGCCUUUUUACACAAUGUGGAAUCUGAAACUUCUGUGCAGAAAAUGGAACCUGACAUCCAUCUUCAGAAAGUAGAAGUAGAGAUCCCUGUAGAAAAUAUGAAAACCAAACCUCACCUUUUGAAUACUGAGUCCCAGAUCAAUGUAGAUACUGUGGAAACAGGGAUGCCCAGUAGAAAGAUGGAAGUGAAGGUCCCCCAGCAGAAUUCAGAGACUGAGACACUUCUACAAAAGGUAGAAAUAGAAAACCAUAAAGAAGUAAAAAAGGAGUCAUGCCUACUGAAUGUGGAAGCUGAGGUCCUGGCAGAGAAGACUGAAGUAAUGUUGGAAAUGAAACUUUCCCCAGAGAUAGCAGAAGCAGAAAGUCCUUCAGAAAAAGCAGCAGUUCUGACAGAGGAGGCAGAAGCAGAGGUUCCUGAAGAAAAAGCAGGUGGAAAGGUGCAUGUAGAGGCUUCUGCAGAGAAAUCAGAUGUGGAAGUAGGGUCUCUAGCAGAAAAGGCUGAUGUAAUUGUGGAUGCCUCUGUAGCAAAAGUAGUUGAAGAAGCUUCUGCAGAGAAAGAGGUAUUCCAUGCAGAAGAUGUGGAAGCAGAUGUUGCCAAGGAGGUUGAAAUGAAGGUUCCUUCAGAGAAGGUGGAUAUGAAAAACUUUACAGAAGAUACAAAUCUGGAAUCCCCCACAGAAACAAUUGAAGUCCUUACAGAAGAAGUAAAAGUAGACAUUCCUUCAGAAAUGGUGGAUGCAAUGUUGAAUACAAAGACCCUCACAGAGAACCUAGAUAUUGAGGCCCCUGCAGAGCAGUCAGAAGUAGUGCAAGGAGAAGCUGCUGCCAAGCCAGCAGAGCAGAAGGAGAAUUUGCAGAACUUGGAGGCUGAGGUCAGCUUUCAAUCUGAGAUGAAAGAUACUAUGAAUUCCAUAAUUUCAGCAGAAGUUCCAGUUUGUGCAGAUUUACAGCAAGCACCUAUGGUUGGUGACAUAUGUAGAGUUCCAGGCCAGAGAGGGAUGCAGGAUGUUGCAAGUUCUUUUGAAGUAGAAGUUUUGGAUUCUGCUGGAUCUGAGGGUCCUUUUAAGGUUGAGGUUAAAGACACUGGUCUUUCUCCCAAAACAACUGAGCUAGGGCAUGUCACCCUUGUCUUAGAAUCAAAGUGCAUAGAAGAAAUUGUAACUGAGACAGCUGUGCAGAAGGAAACAAAUAUACACUUUAUGGAGACUGAAGGAGAAGAAUCAAAGAGCAUGGAUAGUCCUGCAUCUGAAGUCCUGGUGCAAAAUGAAAACAAAAAUGCACUUGCUUUAAAAUCAAAUUUUGCAAAGGCUGAAUUAACUGAGAAUGCUGCGGGAAAUGAGCUUGAAAACACAGAACUAGCGGUUAAACCCAAACAUACAGAAGUAGCAAUAACUGAGGCUGCUGCAAAGACUGAAGAAGGAGACACCCUAAACUCAGACACCAGAUUCACAGAGAGAAUUUCAGAAAGCUGUCAGAAAGGACAAGUGCUAUCAGAGAAGGUGAUAACAGUAAAAAAUUACAAAUCAACUGAAUUCACCGAACUAACUCCCACUGGUGAUGUGCUUUAUGCAGCUCCAAUGCAGCAACAUCCCAAGCAACAGGGGGUUAUCGCCACUGACAUUCCUGACAUGCAAAGUUGUGAAGCUUAUAAAUUCUCUGUGCCAGUAACAGCUGCAGCAGUUGAAGAGCAGGUUAUUGAAGAAAGUGUCAUUGUUGCAGAAACAUCAACAGAAACAUUGCAGUCUUUCUUAGAAGAGCCAAAAGAAACAGCUUUCAAAAUUGUACAGCAGAUGACCUUUGCUCACUCAAGUCUGGCGGCUCAAGGGCCUGAUACCAAGGUAGUGUUGUGGACUGAGAAGACAGAAUCAGCCACUGAGAAGCCAGUUUUGCCAGAUGAUGAUUUGAUCCAGGCACAGAUAGUUGAUUCCAUCCCCAAAAUGAAAUCAGAGCUCAGUCAAGAAACUGAAAAACAGAUUCAAUCUCCAGAAAGAAGCCUGUCUUUGACACACAUAGAAUUUCAAAAAGAUGAUGCUCAGCCUGUUACUAUAGAGUCUCAGAGUACUAAUAUUGUGCUUAAAAUCAUUCAGAAUGCUGUUGAUAAACUGGAGAAUACAGAAGAGUCAGCAUGUGUGUCAAGUCAGGUGUGUGAAAAUAAAUCUGAAAUUCAGCAGCUGCUUCCUGUGAACGAUAAACAAGAGAUCCUCAUAACAGAAGAAAAAGUCCCUUUAACUUGUGAUACAUCUGAAGAUGGAGGAAGCUGGGACACAAGAAGGGCAGAUGCUGAUCUAGAAGCCAUGAAACACAUAUCACAGUCAGAUGAACAUUUGGACACAGUGACAAAACUAGUGCAAGAUCAUGGAAUUGUGAAUGAAGCUGGAAAAGACAUUACAGAAGAGCCAAGCUUGCAGAAAGAAAAUGGUGAAACAAAGCUUGAAUCUGAAGUGGAUUCUACUUUUCCAGCAGAGACUGAGAGAGUGACAGUGGACUGUAUUGUCUCAGGAGAUCUAUCCAAAGAGUCACUUGACAUAUCCCAACCAAAGCUUAAGAGUAUAGAAGUUGGGCAGACUGUUCAAAUGCAAGAACACUUUAUAGAGCAGCAAACACAUGCAAAGAGGAAAGAAGACCAGGCAACAGGACUUGGGGAGAUUCACAUGGAGGAAGAUAUAAAUAACCAAGACUAUACAUCCUGCGAGAGUUUGCUGUUAAAAUCAGAGCUCACUGAAUGCUGAGGUUUAAAUUGUCUGGAAACUGCAUCUUACACUUGGAGAGACCAGUAUAUGAAGAAGGCAGUGGAAGAGAAUGGAUUUUGUAUUACUGGGCUGAAGACCAAUGAUUUGGAAUGGUGUUACUAGACCUUUGCUUUCCAUUGUCACUCUGAGAAGGCAUCUGACAAUCCUGAGGCACCAUCAGGAGCUCAAGCCCCUUUCUUUUAUUUCAGUUGUUAAUGCUUCCUUUUCACAAUAUACUCUUUAAACUUUUUUUUUUUUUUUGCUAAUAAGCUGUGUGGGGGAGGUAGGAAGUGUAACCUUUUGUUGAAAUUACAGUCUGGGAAGGAAGUUGGCAUCUUUUAGGCUCCUGCUUUCAUCAGUGCUUCCAAAACUGGAGUGUAAUUCUUUUUGUGUAUUUAUGUGUAUAUCUUUAAGCAAAAUUUAAUUUUAAUGUAUAUUUCCUCUUUAUAUGUGAAAAAGUAACAAAAUUACCUUCUUAUUUGUCUAGUAGGGAAAUAACUGGGUCCAUGAGAUUAUAAGGAGGCACAGUGAUAUGCACCUGGCCAUAGAUACGAAUACAUUAGCUUUUUACAGUAUGGAAGAACCAAUGUUUAAUGCUGCAUUUGAUCUUGCUUCCGUAGAAGAACAUUCAUGGGUGGAAGGUGCAGUUUGUCUUUGGAACACAUGGGAAACCUUUUAUUAGACAGGAGCUGAUUCUUUACAACACCUAUUCCAUACAUGAUGUUUGUGUCAUGUAUGUUGAAAACAUUUCAGCAGCAGUCUAGAGGAGAAUUAGGCACUGAAGAAGACUGAUUUCAGUGUUUUUACAUCUGCCUAAAUCUGUUCUAAAUUUGUAGCUCUCAGAUUUAUUUGAAUACAAUUUAUUUUUAUGGAACACCUCAGAGAAAGCAGGAUGUCUUCAAAGGACAAACAAACAGCCACUUUUAACAGUUUACCAUUUUUUGAGGUAUGACUCAGUUAAGGAAUUGUCAUAUCAGAUAUAAGGCAAAACAAUAAAUUGGUUUUAACUUGUCAAGAAACAGAAAACAGUUGCUUUUAAAAAUAGCACUUUCCUGUUCUUGGAACCUAUCCUAUCAGAGAAUUAGACCAUUAUUUUCAAAAAGGUUUUGAGGAGCAAAGCAUUAAAUCUGUUCCAUACUUCUGGUCCUUUUAUUAGGAAAGUAGGUUCCAUUGUGCUUACCUUCAUUUAGCAACCUGUGAUUUCUGAAGAGUGAUUUAGAUUCGGCUUACAUUUUCACUUUAAUUUUUUUUUUUUUUUAAAAAUCUCAACCUAGGAAACCUUGAGCAAAGACAUUCCCAAUUUUCUUAGAUAUAAGUUUGCAAGUCACUAUAGGUUGUGCAUAAAAACUGGGCAGGCUUGAAAUGCUGAGUAGUUGAAAAUAGUGAAAAUGUUCAAAGCCUUUUGUAUUUGGUCUUCUAGACAUCCAGCAGGUCUAGCAGGUCAAGUUCUGUUGCACUUUGUAGCCUUCGCAUCUAUCUGGCUGAGCCUGUUGCAUGGCCCAACAGCUUCACUGUCCUACAUGUAUAGUAAUUUAUUUGAAAAGGAACAAAGUGAGUGAAAUGCCUUCUUCUUUUUUGAGCUGUAUAAUGAGUGAAGAUAGUAAAAUGUCUUUGGUACACUAUCUCCAUCUGGUGGUGACAGUAGAAACUUCAUAGUUUAGAAGCCUUAAAAAUAACUGCCUAACGCAUUACCUUUUUUUUUGAUAAAAUAUGGCAGUUAGGAGUUUCUUAAAAUGCAUCUAACACAAUAUCUUUGUUAAUGAAGUGUGCAACUAUGAUGGGCAAUAAUAUACAGUCUUAUCAGUUAAUUACCACAGGUGCACUGAUUUGAUAAAGGUGUUGAUUGGUGAAAGAUUAAAAUGGAAAAUGCUUUUUAAAAACAGCACUUCUUAGCAAGGAUGACAUUGGGAUGACUUGAAUGCCAGGAAAUUCAAUAUUCAAUCCAUGUCAAGUUAUAGGGUGUGGAGUGGUUUUAGACAUUUGAGGAUAAGAAAGGUGAAUGGCCAUUUUUUAAAAGCAUUUACAGCUCCCCCCUCCCAUUGCAGUGACUAUGUAAGUCCACUUAAAUCACAGUAUAAAUGGUUAUUUAAUCAUUUCAGUGUAAUUAUUAACACUUUUCGUUCAUUUAUAGGGCUGCCAGAUUGAAAAUGCAGAGAAUUGUUUUGCCAUUAAAUCCACUGACAGGGACCAGUGAGAGUGAUUGGGAGGCAAUAUUUGAUGGCUGCUGCUGAGCAGAACCCAUUUUCUUAGCUAGGCGCAAGGCAGGUGGAUCAGCACCAUGCCAUUACAUUGCUGAUUAACUAGCAGUGUUUUGUGAAGCUGACACUUGCAGUUCUGCUCCUGCCUCCAUCACUGCUUUCAGUGUCUACUUGUAAAGAUGUUGUAGCCUCUCUUUCAUCAGUUGUCACUCAGCAACAACAAUCAAUUACAACCUUCUCACUUUUUGACCCGUUUGGUGGAUUUAAAGGCAAACCAAACUGUUCUUGCAACUGUAUUUUUAUAUCUAACAUCUCUCCAAAAAUUCGCUUCCUCACUUCCAACUCUACCUAAUGUGGGAUUUAAUAUUCCUUCAGUCUGAAAGCUUACAUAUUUUGCUGGGACUAGGUGUUAGGGUAAUGUGCACUACCUUCAUAAGAUAUAACAAGGGGAAAUUAUAAAAUAUAAUGGGGGGGGGGGAAUCUGAAACACUUUUACUCUGAGUGUUAGUACUUGAACUCUCUUUUAGCUGCUGGAUUUGUGUUGUCCACAGAAAUUGUUCUCCCUGAAAAGUAGGUAGUGCACUGUAUGCAAAUUAGCAUGUGGUUCCUGUACUGAUUUACAAUCAUAUGCAGAGAGACUAGAGUAACUCUGCUUUAAACAAAAUGUUGAAGUUAGCAGUUAAUAGUCUCCUUCAGCAAAGAAUUCACUAGUAGGACCUUGUUUACAAAUCAUUUAGAUAUAUCCCGUGUUUGUCUGCCAUGUGUAAACCCGUAAAAUGUGUAACAUGGUAUGUCUCAAAAUUGGUGCGUUUUCUUUAGAGGCAGCUCUGUCCCCUUCCCAUCCUUCUUCUCCCCCAAUUUACAUUUGCUCUGACAGUGGUUCUUGAUUGCCAAAUGUUAAGAUUGUUCACUUUCAUUGUGUGCUUUGCAACAGGACUGUCCAAUUCAUUUCUCAUGGGUUCUCUGUGGCCCUGACCAGUUUUAGACUGCUAUUUAGCAGAUAUUUAGUACUCACAGAUCUACCCAGGGCUAGAAGAAGAGAGACUUUGUCAUAGCAUCUGGCAGGCUGAUUUGACAGGUCUGCUUUGCAGCACCAAAUAAAUGGAUAACCAGUUAUUUAUACAAAUUUGCAAUAUCUGUAUGGGAAGCCAUAUUGCAGUAGUUGCAACCAGUUAAAAAUAAUUAAAAAGAACAACGGCAUGGCCUAUAUAAUACUGGUUCUAAUCUUUAUAGCUCUGUGGCUAUUAAUAAUAUGUAAAGAUAUCUAAACAACAUUUAAAUAAAACCUAGUAAUCACAAUGUAAAUUAUCAGUGGCUAGAAGUUGCGGCAGCAAGCGCUUAGUUCUUGCUUUUUUAUAUAUACUGAUCUAGGGCCUUUCUAAGCAAUGCAAAGAACACAAAUCAUAUAACCAAUAACACUUCUUGUAACUGACCUGUCUCAAAGAAGCACCAGAAGAAUUUUCUCUUGGUGCAAGGAGUAUGUCUCCAUUCACAGAUACUGCUUUGUUACAGUGUAUUGCUUUGGCCUCAAAAAUAUUCAGAUGAGGCUGCAAAUUGUAGCUUGUGCCACAACUCCAAGCUUUUGCAGUUUCUUCUAAUCCAUGUAUUGGAUUAAUUGAUACUUUGAUUUUCUAUGUUGUUUUUAAAGUAGAUUUUCUUGGACUAAAUAAAAUACAAACA